UUGUCGCCCUGAGUCACAGUCUGCGCAGCUCCAGCUGCUUGGUUCCCACAGCAGCUGCGGAUCUCAUAUUUGGAGGUCUUACAACAUGGCAGAUAUUGACAACAAAGAAACUGAACUUGACCAUCAAGAUAUGGAGGAUGUUGAAGAAGUAGAAGAAGAAGAAACUGGUGAAGAUGCAAAUAGCAAAGCUCGUCAAUUGACUGUUCAGAUGAUGCAGAAUCCUCAAAUUCUUGCAGCUCUUCAGGAAAGAUUGGAUGGUUUAGUGGGAACAUCUACUGGAUACAUUGAGAGCUUGUCAAAAGUAGUUAAGCGACUGGUGAAUGCCCUCAAAAACCUUCAGGUGAAAUGUGCACAGAUAGAAGCCAAGUUCUAUGAGGAAGUUCAUGCUCUUGAAAGAAAGUACGCUGUUCUUUACCGGUCACUUUUUGAUAAGAGAAGUGAAAUCAUCAAUGCAAUUUAUGAAUCUACAGAGGAAGAAUGUGAGUGGAAACCUGAUGAUGAUGAAGAAAUUUCAGAGGAAAUGAAAGAGAAGGCCAAGCUUGAAAAGGAGAAAAAAGAUGAAGAAAACGAAGACCCUAAAGGAAUUCCUGAAUUUUGGCUGACUGUUUUUAAAAAUGUUGACUUGCUCAGUGAUAUGGUUCAGCAACAUGAUGAACCUAUUCUGAAGCAUUUGAAAGAUAUUAAAGUGAAUUUCUCAGAUGCUGGACAGCCUAUGAGUUUUACAUUAGAAUUUCACUUUGAACCCAACGAAUAUUUCACAAAUGAGGUGUUGAUGAAGACAUAUCGUAUGCGGUCAGAGCCAGAUGAUUCUGAUCCCUUCUCCUUUGAUAGACCAGAAAUUAUGAGUUGCACAGGGUGUCAGGUAGACUGGAAGAAAGGGAAAAAUGUUACUUUGAAAACUAUUAAGAAGAAACAGAAACACAAGGGACGUGGGACUGUUCGAACUGUGACCAAAACAGUUUCCAAUGAUUCUUUUUUCAAUUUCUUUUCUCCUCCUGAAGUUCCUGAGAGUGGAGACCUGGAUGAUGAUGCAGAGGCUAUCCUUGCUGCAGAUUUCGAGAUUGGUCACUUUUUACGUGAGCGUAUCAUCCCAAGAUCAGUAUUAUACUUCACAGGGGAAGCUAUUGAAGAUGAUGACGAUGAUUAUGAUGAAGAAGGUGAAGAGGCUGAUGAUGAGGAAGGGGAAGAAGAAGCUGAUGAGGAAAAUGAUCCAGAAUAUGAUCCGAAGAAAGAUCCAAACCCAGCCGAGUGCAAGCAGCAGUGAGAGCAAUGUGUGCUGUGGCCUUGAGGAUUACUGCACUGUCCCAGCCUAAACACAAAUAGUAGUUACUUACAGUCUUAUGUUUUGUAUUUUCUUGGUAGAAUCAAGUAAACAAUUUUUGUUAAAAAAGGAAAAAAAGAAAAAAUGAACGUUUAAGAACCAGUUCAAAUUAUAGGUUCAUUCUACCUAGCAUUUUAAUAGUAUAAUUUCUGUUGGAUAUGUAAAAUGCAGUAAAUCCCCUAACGCAUGUCCAUUGCUACAUAGUUUGGUUCUUGUGAAGUCUUUUGUCAUGUAGCUAUUAGAGACUGCAGCUGCAAAAAUUAUCCAAACUGUUAUUUGAGACCAAUAUUGGUUUAGAAAAAAGAAAUCCUUCUGAAGAACCAACCAAAGUAUUUUUUCAGCCCAGUAGUUGAAUGGGUUUAAGUCUGCUUGCACUAGCUGUGCCUUCAUUACUUUGUUAGAGAAAUGCAGUGACUUGUACUAACUAGGAGACAUUUUGAAAAUUGAUUUGAGAAGAGACUAGUAUACGGUUAAGAAUUUCUAGUAAGACCACAUCUAAUGUUCAUAACUGUCUGCUUGUUUAUGGAUUUUUGUAUUUUAAUGUGACAUAGUGAUCUACAAAGAAACUUAGUCAUCCUAUUAAGGUUAUUGUUUACCACUGGGGUGUGAAUAAAACCUAGUAUUUUCAGAAAAAAAAGAA